CUCCGAGCCACAGGCGCCAUCUGCUGCGAGGACAGCUGGGCAAGGUCGGAAUCAACGCUUCAACGGAGGUGGUGGUGACGAGACUGACCCCGUGACCGAGAGCCCCAUAUGGCGGGCAAUGGAGCCAUCUAGCAGCGGAGAGAACCAACGCACCGUCGCGGCAGACACCGGAGUCCCUUCAGCGGCAAGCGCAGCGCUUCAUUGCGCGUCUUCCGGGCGCUCCACACUCGAGGACGAAUGGGUGGUGCUCGACGAGAGCCACUUAGGCCUCCCUGAAUGCGCGAUCGCCGAUCGCGACGGACAUGGAUUCGAGAACGGUGUCGAAGUGAUUCGCUGAUUACAAUCGAACGACGCGUUGUGUGCACGCACUUCCAAUCCAUGACGGAUCCUUUGAUGGCGCGGGUCACGAGAUCGGCAGGUGUCUCUCGCAGGCAUCGCUUUCCUCUCGGUGGAGUGCUGCGAGUCUGCAGCAGAUAGAGAGCACGUAGCUGUCGAGGCUUUCCGAGUAAAAGCUUUCCAAGUUCUCUUCACCUCCGCAUGGAGACUCCUGGGACUUUAAUCCUGAGCGCCGCGGUAUUGCAGCGUCUCUGAAGAUGACAGGCAGCAAGGCGAGUGGGCCGUUGAGUCAACUGCGAUGUGUCGAUCACUAACAGUGAAGAUGACGCUGACGGGCCUGCAGCUCAUAUCAACAUUGCCGGUGGAACCAGGGGGCUCCAGUCCACGUUUCCAAGUAAAAAAAUAACAUUUGAGAGUUAUCCUACCAAAACGAGUUAUAGCCUUCACGUAGCGGCCUCACUUAGCUGUGAUAUUCUAGCGCGACAGUGCUAGAACAGCUUGCUGUAAUGCUUCAGCAGGGGCUGUUGCUAAAGGCGCUGCUGCCUGUGGCGGGCGAGAAUGCAAAUCGGUUCGGCCUCCUCGCACGAAGUUAGAUUUGCUGCAUCCAACACGCAGCGUCCUUUUAUAAUAAAAGUUUUAUCAUCGCACACCCA